AUGAAGGAAUNGCCUCCGCCAGCCCUGCUGUGUAAGAACACCAAUGGCCUUUCAGAACCAGACCUCAGCCCCAGGGCAGCUGCCGGGCCCCUGAUACAGGCCUGUGAGCAUGAAACCACCCAGCCAGGCAUGUCUUCUCCUGGCAUCUUCAAUGAGGUAGAGGAACCGUCUCCCACACUCAACUUUUCUGGCAAAACCCAGCUGCCAGGAAGCAGCAAGCCCACAGCACCAGCCCUGUGCUCUGCAGCAGGAAAGGAUAGUAUACACACAGCAUUUACAAUGCCAGCCAGUCAACACACCCACCAGGCCAUCUCAGGGGACCAGCCCAAUGCCAGCCCCUCAUCAGAACCUGAAGAGAUCCUGGUGACAUCACAGAUAUCCUCAGAUGGAGGGCAACCUGAGACAUCAAGUUGUCCUGUGGGAGGCACUUGGAGCAGCAGCAAAGAUCAAGUGCCCUCUGAUCUUCCUUCUCAAGAAACAACCCAGGGAAUGGUGCAAACUGCAAAUACAGCAACCAGGGUGUCCAGUCAUGCCUCCUCUCCUGUAAUAGGGCCUAAAAGGGAAAGGCAGGGAGACGUUUGCGACUCUCAGGAGAGAUCCUGUGAAUCUUCAGCAAGAGAAGACGGAUGUUCAGGGAACAAACAGCCCCCUGUCCCCACCUCGAACACCCAGGCCGUGACUUCUGUGACAUCUCAAGCAUCCCACCUCACCAGCAAAGGUUCGACGUCUCCUCCAGAUCCAGAAAAGGCGCUGCUACCAGCAGAGCAUCAGGUGUCAAGGUUCAAAGAAGCAAGUACAAUGACCAAUCAAGCUGAAAACGAGAUCAAGGAAGUUCCCAACAGGGCACAGCAAGAUGCUGAGGUGCAGGCCGUGGUGAGUGUCCAGAGCAGAUCAGUUUCUACCAGCCCCAGCAUCCUCACUGCAUUCUUGAAGGAAACCCCUGCUCCUAAGCGUUUUGAACAACAAGAGCAGCUGCGUGUCAUUUGCCAUGGCAGCGGGAGCCACACGUUGGAGCUGUCAGACAACACCCUAGCCCCUCAGGAGUUGAGGCAGUGCCCUGGCAUCAUGCCAGAGGUGCACAUCCGGGCACCUGCAGCUGUUUCUGCAGCUUUCCAAGGGGAUAAAUCAGUGAGCCUACCAGGUGAGGUCCUCAAAACCUCAUUAAUCAAUGCGGCACCUAGUAAUGCUCAGGAUAAAGGUAAAGAAGAUGGAAGGUCGGCAGGAAUGACCCCUGUGAGGGCGGAGCAUACCUCUAAACAGCUUUCUGGUACUAAUUCUAGCUCCCUGAAAGCUAGUCCCACUGACCAGAUUUCUAUCAGUGUAGGAAGACAGGAUGAAACAAGUCAUGGAUUGGGGAAAUUUGAAACCAAGCCAUCUGAGCUUGCAGGGAAAACCACAAAUGGCCACCAAAUAGACCCAGAUGGCAAACUCACCGACUCCUGUGGCCCUGUCAGCAAAGCUGACCAGCCCGGGAGCUUGGAUUCCUCUAAUAAAAGAGAUGCAAGAGAAAUGAAGCCUGCGUCUUCUCAGAUCNUUCUAAAAGGAAAUUAUUAGCAAUCAAAAAGCCUGACCUGGUUCCUGAAACCUAAUAUGACUUGCCCCAAUUCCUUGACACUAAAACUGAUGUUGACUGGGUAUUAGGUUGAAGAUAUGAAUGGAAAUACUAGAAUUGGCCAUUAAUGGAGAAUUAUGUGUGACAAAGUGCAAAUAUAACCUCAGUAGAAAAUUAAUACCUUUUACUACAUAUCCAUGUUUUAGAGCCUAAAUGUGCCAUCUUUAUAUCUUAGAUAAAAAAUAAUGGUUAACCAACCAUAAGAAUACUGCAAUUACAACUAUAGCUGUCUGUGUUUUUUAACUACUAAAAACAUACUUGUUUAUAAGAGCAGCAUAUCUGAAAUCUUGAUGUUUGUCAAUAUUUACUGUUGCUUACAAAAUACAUUUAUGUAAUUAUUUUGGAAAUUGUGUAGUAACUUAAGUGUCACCCAGAAAAAGUAUAGCUGUCAAUGUGAGAAUCAUCUGUAUUUGUAAAUACUCAGCUGAGAAAGAUCAAAAGUAUAGCGUAAGGUUAAGUCACUGAAAAAAUAGUAAUAUCAAAAUGAAAUUCCAUCGAUGAAUGUAUCAAUAUUAGAAUCUCAAGUUAUGUUUUUUUACGUAAUGUCUAUAUACAAAUGUCAUAAAAUAGUUUAUUCUAGAAAGUCCCUAUCCUCCUGAAAUUGACCUACCAAUUAAAUUUCAUUUCCUAGAAAAAAGAUGAAAUGCUAUGAUUUAUAUAAGAUAGAUUAAGACUUUGGGAUUACAUACAUGUCAACUUUCAUUUUGGACUUGAUUUUUGAAUGGAUGAAUGAAUGAAAUUCAACUGAUGACUUAGUUUUACCAUCAAGAAAAUUUCAAAUAUGAUUUUUUUGCAAUUCGUUUUCC